AUGACAGUCAAACGAACACUUGAUAUCACGACUUACAAAGGCAAUAUCAUCAACGGCGAGUUCGUCCCAACAACAGAGACUCGACGCACAAUAGACCCCGCCACCGAAGAGCCCCUAUUCGUCGCGCCCCUCGCAACAAAAGACGAUCUCGACAACGCCGUCCAACACGCCCACAAUGCCUUCAAGACGUGGUCCAAAUCAUCUUUUGACGAGCGUUCCAAGCUCAUGCUCGCCUACGCAGAUGCGAUAGAAACUCACCGCGAAGAGCUCGAGAGACUCGACACAAUCGAGUCCGGCAAGCCUCUCCUCGUCUCCAAGCGGGAGUUUGACAACGUGCUGGAAUGGCUCCGCACCUUUGCCACCAUGGAGCUCAAGGACGAUGUGUUUGACGAGAACGACGAGCGCAUCAUCUACGGCACAUACAACCCCGUCGGCGUCGUCGCCGCCAUCGUGCCCUGGAACUGGCCCGCCCUUCUCGGCCUGGGCAAAGUAGGACCGGCGCUGAUGACGGGAAACACCGUCAUCAUGAAGCCCUCGCCCUACACACCCUACACAGACCUCAAGCUGGGCGAACUGGCCAUGUCCAUCUACCCUCCCGGCGUCUUCCAGGUCCUCAGCGGCGACGACGCCCUCGGCCCCUGGAUCACGGAGCACCCGGGCAUCGACGUCGUCACCUUCACCGGCUCGGUCCGCACCGGCAAGCUCGUCGCUGCAAGCUGUGCCAACACGCUGAAGAAGUGCGUCCUCGAGCUCGGCGGCAACGACGCCCUCAUUGUCUGCCAGGACGUGGAUAUCGCAAAGUGCCUGCCCAAGAUUGCCACGCUGUCGUUUAUCAACGCCGGGCAGAUUUGCAUGCUGGCGAAGCGCCUCUAUGUGCACGAGGCCAUAUACGACCAGUUCAAGGAGGCCCUGGUGCAGUUCACCAAGGAGCAUGUCAAAAAUGGUGGCGGAUUAGAGCCCGGCGUCAUGGUAGGGCCAGUCCAGAAUAAGAUGCAGUACGAACUCCUCAAAGGCGUAUAUCAAGACGUCAAAGACUCAGGCUACCAAGUCGCCCUCGGCGGAACCAUCCCCAACUCCAACAAGGGCUACUUCGCCGAGCCCACCAUCGUCGACAACCCGCCCGACAAUGCGCGCAUCGUCGUCGAAGAGCCCUUUGGCCCCAUCAUCCCGCUGCAGAAGUGGUCCUCAGAUGAGGAAGUUGUCGAGCGCGCAAACGCCCUCAGGCUUGGUUUGGGAGCGUCGGUCUGGGCAAAGGACCUGGUGCGCGCCGAGAAGAUGGGCCGCCAGCUCACGGCGGGGAGCGUCUGGAUAAACUCGCACUUUGACGUGGCGCCGAACAUCCCCUUUGGAGGCACAAAGGAGAGUGGGCUUGGGCGGGAAUGGGGGUUGGAAGGGUUCAAGGAGUUUACGGAUCGGACGAGCUUGUGGGUGUGGAAGAAGAUUUUUGAUUAA